UAGGCCGGGCGUCCGGCUAGACGCCGGUAGGCCGCCUUCUGGCUUUCUCUUUUCCGGGCUUGGGGCGGCUGGAUUCUCUUUUCCACCUGCGCAGGCUGGCAGCUUCUGCCCUCACUCGUCCGUCCCCAGGCUUUGGCCGAAGCUAGGAGGGUGCAUUCGGAAGACGGGCUGCCUGCGAGGGAUAGGUCUGGUACGGCGCCUCCGGGGCCAGUGGCCCAGGCAAGACCUGGGGCCGGCUUUGGCCUCCUGCCGGAGCGGUUUAAUUGCCUCGCAAUGAGUGACUGCUCCGCACGCGAGGAGCCUUCGCGCAUCGCCCGCACCUCAUUUCCCCACGGCGUCCCUGGCAGCGUUGCUUCCCUAAGACUCCCUGCGAAGGAGAGAUCUGACGGGUUGAUGGCUCGCCUUUAUAGCGAACAAGAUGAAUUGCUUCUCUGAUAGUUCAUACUUGCCAGGCUGUCCGCUGCUUGCAAAUAGAAUGAGUGCUUUUGUUUGCCUUAAGUCUGUUCCUGCUGACCUUAUAACGAAACGUUUAUUUUUAAAUUUAAGUGGCUUGCAGUCAUGUUCGUGCAGAAUUGAGAUAAAUUCACUCUUUAUUUGACUUACUCCAAUGAAUUCAAGUCUCAGACAUCAACCAGUGAGUAUCACUAAGGGUUAUACUUACCCAACAACAAUGAGAUUUCUAUUGGUUUUUGAUUUUGACCAUACAAUUGUAGAUGAGAACAGUGAUACCUGGAUUGUUAAAUGUGCACCUGGUUCAAAACUUCCUGAUGAAAUAAAAAACUCCUAUCAAAAAGGACACUGGACGGAAUAUAUGGACAGAGUCUUUAGAUACCUAGGAGAUAAUGGAGUAAGAGAAGAAGAGAUGAAAAGGACUAUGACAACAAUCCCAUUUACUUCAGGAAUGAUAGAUCUCUUAGAUUUUAUUGGCAAACACAAAGGCUUUUUUGAUUGCCUAAUUAUAUCAGAUUCCAAUACUGUCUUUAUUGACUGGAUUUUAAAAGCAGCAAAUGUUUUUCAACUAUUUGAUGAAGUGUUUACAAAUCCUGCAAGUUUUGAUAGCUUUGGCUAUCUUUCUGUACAGAAUUGUCAUAUCCAUGAUUGUACAAAGUGCCCCAUAAAUUUGUGUAAGAGGAAAGUCUUAGAAGAAUUUUUAGAAAGCAACUUAACAUCAAGAGUUAAAUACUCACAAAUUGUAUAUAUAGGUGAUGGUGGGAAUGAUCUGUGUCCUGUAAUGUGUUUAAAAAAGAAUGAUGUUGUUAUGCCACGUCAUGGGUAUAUUUUGGAGAAAAUGAUUUCUCAAUUAUCUCAGGAUCUCGUUCCAUUGGAAGCAUCAGUUCUUGUUUGGUCAUCCGGUGUUGAGAUACUUGCCUAUUUAGAAUUGCUUAUAAAGGGAUAGUUCCCAUUUAGCCUGUCAAUAGCAAAUUGGUGCUACUGUUUUGACCUUCUCAUAGUAGAACCCUUUCUUCAUGAAUAUUAGAAAAAUAACAUUUUGUUUACAUAAUUUUAAUUGAUUGUCUUCCCUUGUACAACAUCAAUAUAUGGUCAGAUAGAAUGAAUAAUUUAAUGAAGCAGAUGCCAAAAUUAUUAAAUGUAAUAGUUAUGUAACAUCUAUGUCAUUUCAGAUGAACUAUCAUUAAGGUCUGUUCUAUGAUAUAUGAUAGUAGGUUCUCUUUAAUUAUAUAUUGGACAUUUAUUCGGCCUGGGGCAUGAUAGCAUACACUCAAAUUGCCUCUUAUCAGUGGAGAGGGAAAAGAAGCAAAUCCCAUUGUGUGAGUGGAAAUCCUAAUUGCCAUCAGUUGCUGCUUUUCAGAAAAAUAGCAGAACGUUAUUUCUUAGAAUUGAAAAUUGCUUUUAUAGUCCUGUAAAAUUAUAGAGAGCCAAAUUAUUUUCUGUAACCAAUUACAACAGUUGGUUGGAGUUGAGCAGCAUCAAAAUUGAAUGAAUGCAUAAAUAAAAAUAAGCUCAUGUCCAUUUUUUUCCUAUUUAACAAAUAUAUUCCACAUCAGUCGGUCUGGUCAAAGGUAAUGCACCAUUAAAAAUAAAUGUGGGCAGUACUGAAUGCUGUUUAAUACCAUCUGAUUUAACUGUCCAUAUAAGUGUUUGUUUUAUCUGCAAAUAAACCAUAAAGAAUGUAAAUGAGAAGAUGCAAUGAGAGAGAUGUAUUUCUUUUCAUAAGUAAAACACUUUAUAUGUAUGCAGCCCAAUUCUGUGCAUGUUCACUAAGAAGUAAUUCCUAAUCUAGGCCAGUGGGACUUAUUCCUAAGUAAGCUACAUAGGAUUGAAGCCUUAAAAAUAAAAUUAAUUAUGUAAAAUGAAGAGUAUAAUGUGUCAGUGCCACAAAUGUAACGUUAUUGCUUCACAGUGAAAUUUGUUGCUAAGGCACCACAUUUCUUAAUCUUUGCUAAUACCUGUGAAGUAUAAUCCACCUUUUUAUGUAAUUUUGGUAGUAAUAUGAAGGUGUUCUAGGAGGAGGACUGUAUUAGUAUAUGGUGGCAAAAAAUCUGGUAGUACCUUUUCCAACUAGCAAAUGUUAUUAAAAGGUGUAAGCUUUCAUGAGCUGCAGCUCAAUUCUCAAAAGUUUAUGCCUUUUAAUAAAAUUGGUCAGUUGGAAAAAAUGCUGCCAGACUCCUCUUAAUAUGAAGGUUGUAUCUGAAAGUUUUGAAAAAGGGCAUAAAUUGAUAAGCAGUUUUGUGUUGAUCUUUUUAACCUAUUGUGAAAAGUAAAUGUGUGAAAAAUAGUUUAAUAUGUGGAUUUGUAUAUUUGGAUAAUGUAUUUUUUCAGUUUAAAAGUGUAGUGAAAGGAGAAGAUAACAAAAAUUAGCUCAGUAUUAGCUGGCUUCCAGAUCUUACUAAAUUUAUGUUGGUCUUCUUAAUGAAUAGGUUAUUUAACUACCUACUAAAAUUCAGAUAUUGAGUACAUUGAUACAGUGAACAGUGGAUUUGCUUAGAAAAAUAUUUCACUUGUUAUUAUUUGAAAUACUAUGUGCCUACUAGAACUUUUGGAAUAUGUGUACUAUUUAAAAUAACAAUGAUUAAUUUAUCCCAUUUGUAGUUUGUAUUUAAACUUAUGCUUAUAUAAAUAAUGAUUAAAUAUUUUAUUAAUGAAACUACCUGUUAAAUAUUUUGCCUUAAUUGUAGAAUAUAGCUAUUAUAUAAAUCAACAGAAGCACCAUACUGGAUCUAUCAGAUGUUUAGCUGAUUAGUAUAAAAAGAACAUUGGUUUUCUAUUUCUUAGUCUGUUGGGGAUGUACUAUAUAUUAAAGCA